UGUCCACUUUCAAAAAAAAAAAAUUUGUUUCAAAUUUGUUGUCCACUUCAACUUUCAAUGCAAAAUUAUAUUUCUAAAGUCAAUUCUAUUCCACAUAUCACUUAUUUAUAUUUCCUACAUCAAUCUCACUCCACAUAUUUUGAUCGUUUAAUACAGUUAAUUGGUGAACAUUCACUUUUCUUAAACUGUGUGAUUUUUUUAAAAUGGACAUCUAAUUUGAAACGGAGGGAAUAUCUGUCAUCGUCCGUGUCAAUAAGCAGCUUGUUUAACGUGCACGCCCACACAAAAUGUAUUUAUUUUAACAAGAGUUGAAUGAACAACCUCCGGUAAGCGCACUUACAUUUAUCUUCAACAAUAAAUGCUCAAUCCUUAUUAGAAUUUCUGACAAACUUAUUUUCAUCCUUCAUUAGAAUUGAAUGCUCAAGUCUAGUAAGCGGAGCGAUAAACAGGGUAAGAUAUGCCAAUUGAUCACAUACUUUACCUUUGACUAGAUUUGAAUGCUCAAAUCUUGAUAAGUGGAGUGAUAAACAGGGGAAGGGAGAUACCAUCCGAUUAUAAAGCCGAAUAUUGAUCAAGAAUUUAUCGAUGAUGAUAAGUGUUAUAGAGAUACCAUCUCAUCAUAAAGUCAUUCGUAUUGACCAAAUAAAUAUCUUGGAUGACAAGUGUUUUCGUUAAGAGUUGAUCAGAGUCAUUAUUGUCUAAAAUGAGAUUCUUUGUCAUAUAAAUCUUGCAAAUAAUAUUUCUGGUAAUAUUCUAACUAAAAAUAGAAUGCAGUAUUGCAGUCUGUCAAAUAUUUUGAUGAUGCACCAAUAUGGUAAAUCUAGUUGGAAGUGAUAGGAAAGUAUUUAGGGAGAGGAUUGGCUUAAAAUAAGGUGGUGGCUUAAACUAACAUAGUUAGAUACAGAGGAAAACUUGAACCAUGAAUUCAGCAACCCAAAUUUAGGUUCUCACAUAUUCAACCAGUAAUUAAACAAUUUCUUAAUGCAAUCCUUAAUCAUUUUUCAGUCUUUUUUCCCUGUUAGCUAGUGAAAUUAAGAUUGUCAACCAUGUUUUCAAUUCUUAAAUCAUUUUCAUGCAAAAUUAGAAUCACUUGUGCAUGAGUGCAUGAACCUUGCAUGAGAACAGGUUGACAAACAGAUUCAUGUUAUCUUGUUUUUCUGAGUUAUGAACAAAGAUUUAUCUGCAGAGAAGUAAAAAAAAUUGGAGACAAUGGCCGGUUCAAAUAAUCACAGAAAAACAUCCUCCACCUCGGGGGCUAAUCGUUCUUCUGACGGAGUUAAAUUUCAACGUAGAACAUCUAGUGGCCGCCUUGUUAGUCUCUCCCGGGAUGAGGAAUCAGAGAAUUCAGGUGAGUAUGCAGGGCCUAAUGAUUACAUAAAUUACACCGUCAUGAUGCCACCAACGCCAGAUAAUCAACCAGGUGCCUCGAGUAAUAAGGCAGAUGGACAAGGCUCGUCGCAGUCUGGGACACAAGAUUCACAAAGGCCUGGAAAGACAAAGAGGGCCGGGGGUGGUGAUGAUGCUGGUGGAGAAUCUGGGAAGAUGGACCGCAGAAUGUCUGUGAUGAAAAAUAGUAAUAAUAACAAGUCUAUGCUUCUGAGGAGCCAGACAACUGAUUUUGAUCAUAACCGUUGGUUGUUUGAAUCAAAAGGUAAGUAUGGAAUUGGAAGUGCAUAUUGGCCUCCAGAAGAUGAUGAUUAUGCCAAUGAGAAUGGUGUGAGCCCAGCUGAUUUUCUGGACAAACCAUGGAAGCCACUGACGCGGAAAAUCAAUGUCCCAGCUAAAAUUCUUAGUCCUUAUAGGGUACUAAUAUGCAUCCGUCUAGUAGUGCUUGUUUUCUUCAUGACUUGGAGAAUAAAAAACCCGAAUAAGGAUGCAAUGUGGCUAUGGGCGAUAUCAAUCAUUUGUGAGAUGUGGUUUGCGUUUUCAUGGCUACUUGAUGUGCUUCCAAAGUUCAACCCUAUAAACAGAGCAACUGACUUGAAUGCCCUCAAAGAAAAGUUUGAGACACCUUCCGCAGCCAAUCCAAAUGGCCGGUCUGACCUCCCUGGUGUCGACAUAUUCAUAUCAACUGCAGAUCCUGAGAAAGAACCACCAUUGGUCACUGCUAACACUAUCCUUUCAAUUCUUGCUUGUGAGUAUCCUGUUGAAAAGAUGUCUAUAUACAUUUCCGAUGAUGGUGGUGCCAUUCUCACUUUUGAGGCCAUGGCGGAGGCUGUUAACUUUGCUGAGGUUUGGGUACCCUUCUGCAGAAAACAUAACAUUGAACCUAGAAAUCCAGAUAGUUACUUCAGUCAGAAGACUGAUCCAACCAAGAAUAAGAAGAGACCUGACUUUGUAAAGGAUCGUCGUUGGAUCAAGAGGGAGUAUGAUGAGUUCAAGGUACGGAUCAAUGGUCUACCAGAAGUCAUCCGUAAAAGGUGUGAUAUGCACAAUUCUAGGGAGGGAAAAAAGGAGAAGCAGCUUGCUAAGGAUAAUAAUGGCGGUGUCAUGCCCCCGGAUCAAGAUAUCAAGGUCACGAAAGCCACAUGGAUGGCCGAUGGUACACAUUGGCCAGGCACUUGGUAUAGUGCAGUAGCUGAUCAUAAGAAGGGUGACCAUGCUGGAAUUCUACAGAUAAUGAGCAAGGUUCCAGAACCAGAUCCAGUGAUGGGGCAGUUAGAUGAGAAAAAGUUGGACUUCACUGAUAUUGAUAUUCGCAUACCAAUGUUUGCUUAUGUUUCGCGUGAGAAACGCCCUGGAUACGAUCACCAAAAGAAGGCAGGAGCCAUGAAUGCUCUAGUAAGAGCUUCAGCAAUAUUGUCCAAUGGACCCUUUAUACUUAACUUGGACUGUGAUCACUAUUUAUACAAUUGUAUGGCUAUAAGAGAGGGCAUUUGCUUCAUGAUGGACCGUGGUGGUGACCGUAUAUGCUUCAUUCAGUUUCCUCAGAGAUUUGAAGGGAUUGAUCCCUCUGAUAGAUAUGCAAAUCACAACACUGUUUUCUUUGAUGGUAACAUGAGAGCUUUAGAUGGUCUCCAAGGCCCGGUGUAUGUCGGAACUGGCUGUAUGUUCAGGCGAUAUGCACUAUAUGGUUUCCACCCACCGAGGGCAAAUGAGUACAGUGGACUAGUUGGCCAAAAUAAGGCAAAGGCUGCGAACGUCCCCAUGAAUGCUGAUGAUGCUGAGACACAGCCACUGACAGAAGACCAUCCUGACUUAGGCGUGCCAAAAGGAUUUGGAAAUUCAACCAUGUUCUUCGAGUCCAUUGCAGUAGCAGAGUAUCAAGGACGUCCACUAGCCGAUCAUGUUUCUAUCAAGAAUGGUCGACCACCUGGCGCGCUGCUCACUCCACGUCCCCCACUUGAUGCACCCACUGUGGCUGAAGCUAUUGCGGUUAUCUCCUGUUGGUAUGAAGAUAAAACAGAAUGGGGAGACAGGGUUGGUUGGAUUUAUGGUUCAGUGACUGAAGAUGUGGUUACAGGCUACAGAAUGCACAAUCGUGGAUGGCGAUCUGUCUACUGUGUCACAAAGCGUGAUGCCUUUCGUGGGGGUGCACCGAUCAACCUCACAGACCGGCUCCACCAAGUCCUACGAUGGGCAACAGGUUCAGUAGAAAUAUUCUUCUCCAAGAACAACGCCUUUUUGGCGAGCAGAAGGCUCAAGUUCCUCCAACGCGUAGCCUACCUUAACGUUGGAAUCUACCCUUUCACCUCCAUCUUCUUAGUGGCCUACUGUUUUCUACCCGCUUUCUGUCACUUCACCGGGGAAUUCAUCAUCAAACAACUGGACACAAUGUACCUCCUUUACCUUCUCACAAUCACAGUCACACUUGCCCUCAUCUCCACUCUUGAAGUCAAGUGGUCAGGCAUUUCCCUCGAGGAGUUCUGGCGUAAUGAGCAGUUUUGGGCCAUCGGAGGAUCAAGUGCUCAUCUUGCUGCUGUAAUCCAAGGCCUCCUCAAAGUCAUAGCCGGCAUUGAAAUAUCCUUCACAUUAACCACCAAGGCCACCGCAGAAGAUGAUGAAGACAUCUACGCUGAACUCUACAUCGUAAAAUGGACAAGUCUGUUCAUAGUGCCACUCACAAUAAUCAUAGUAAACCUGGCAGCACUAGUGAUUGGUUGUGCAAGGACUAUGUAUUCAGAGAUCCCGGAAUGGAAUAAACUCAUGGGAGGAUGCUUCUUUACUUUCUGGGUAUUGGCACAUAUGUACCCCUUCAUGAAAGGCCUGAUGGGGAGGAAAGGGAGGUUGCCAACAAUCAUAUAUGUGUGGACUGGACUUGUCUCCAUUACAGUCUCACUACUCUACAUCACCAUCGCGCCCCAUGAUGGUCUUAGAGCCGGAUCCGAUGGCAACUUACAAUAGGACAACCACCUUCCCUUCUUCUCAAUCAUCUAAGCUUAAGGUCCUUGGCCUUACACAGAAUGUAAUAUACAUUGUAAUCUAUAUUGUGUACCUUACAUGUGUAGAUCAGCAUAUACAUAUAGCCUUCUCAUCCGUGUAAUAUUUAUGUGUGAAUAGGGAAUUGUACAUACAUACACACUAGCUUGUGUAAUUCUAGUCAGACCUUUCUCACUUUCUGGACUAAAAUUCAUGCAUUCUGUUUGCUUAUCAUAAUGCAUUUGCAGAAUGUGAUCGAACCUGAUCAGGGCCGACCCUUAGUUACAACUUACAAAAUGUCCCAUGAGGUCAUAAAAUUUUUUGUCCCUGAUAAUAAUUCAUGUCUUAAAAUUUAUCCUUCUCGCAUCUUUGCAAGCAUAUACUUCUUUAUUGAUAUCAUAGCUAACUCAUUCAACAGUUGUGACAUACCAAACAGAGAUACAAUUUAA